UGUGCUGUGACUGUCUUCUGAGGCUAUUGGUGUGUGAAUAUGUUUUUGAAUCGAUGAGAGACUGAGCGCCUCACUGCUCUCAUUGUCCUCCAUGUAAGGCGGAUGAGAAGCACUAGUCCCUGGGCUGCCAUCUGCCUGAGUGUGACUACCCGGACAGGCUCUGGCCAAUGAUCUGGAGGACGAAGGUCGACUGGAUGUGGAGAACUCGGCGGGGUCCCUGAAAAUGGGAAACUGAGAAUUAGGCUGUGAACAAGCUCCCCUUUCUACGGAAUCUCAGCAUUUCUUCAGAUUGUCUUCAGGGGCGGCGGCAUUGUGGGGCUACGCUCAGACACAUCGGACCAGACACUGGAAACUCCCUUGUGUAACAACUUCCCUCUGGAUUAUCUGACACUGGGAACACCUGCUACUCACUUACUCUGUUCAGAUGGGUGCUGCCUUUAAAAAGUUCUGCAUGCAGUUCUGCUGCUGCUGUUGUGUUGGCGAUGAAGAUGAUGAGGAUGAGAAGCAGCCAUUAGUACCUCAGGACCCACUGGAGUAUUUUAACCGUGAGGUCCAGAAGCGUCGGGAUGAGGAGACCAACCUGUGGAGUGAGCCGGGAGACCCCAGCCACUCAGAGAGGGAUGACGACCGGGUCCUUUACGGUCUGCUGCAGGCGAGGACCAAGACCCGCAUGGGAUCCACGGGCUAUCGUCGUCUGAGCUGCGACAUUGAGGCCAUGAGAGACACCCGGCGAGAGGUCAGAGACAAGUGGAGGACAAUUCUGGAGAAUCUAGGUUUCAUGGCGGAGGCAGACUCACUGCUGACAGUGUCUGCCGGCGCGUCACAUGACCGCAUGCGCAAUGCUCCGGCAGCACGUGCCCUCCUCAAGGCACUCCACACCGAGACGGCCAUCUUUGACAGCAAAGCCCCGCCCCCAGAGAGAUAUCUCUUCAUCCUGGAUCGUCUCCUGUAUCUAGAUAUAGGCGAAGAUUUCCUGGCAAAGGCAAAGCGCUUCUAUCCGCCCAGGGAUGACUCUGACGAGGAAGUGACAGGCCUUGGCAUAAACCUGCCCCUGCUGCUGGCCAGGGUGGAGGCCAUGAACGGGGCAGACGAUGAUGAGAGCGAUAGAGAAGGAAGUGACAGAUCCUAAAGAUCUACUGGCUGCAAUAAUGACAGACACUAGGCAGGGGGCAGUAGUCAUCAACCCGUGAGACCCUGGGUGAAUUGCAUAGCUCCUUUCUUCAAGUGCCUCAUACAGGGUUGCUGCUGCUCCCUGGAAGUUUUAGGCUGAAGAUUUUUUUUUUCUCCCCCAACCGCACAGCUUGAGUUUUACUCUGUGUUCUCUGGUCAAAAUCUAAAAGGGUUUCAGCAGAUUUUAAGGUGAAUGUUACAGACAUGUUUACUUUGUGUGUGUUUUUCUCUGUAGACCAAAAUGUUUUACCAAGUUCCCCGCCUGUUUAUUGUUCAGCUGUUGUGAACCUUCAGGGUAGCAAUGUUCCUUUGAGCAGAACCUCUUUAUAUUUUGUCCUAUGAUUAUCAGCACUCAUUUCAUCCAAUCACAUGAUUGGUAGCAACACAGAAAAAAAAUAGCCCGGUAUAAGUAAUACUCAACUAAUAAAAGUCACAAAAAAAGAGCAGAUGGAGGUAGAAUGUAGCGAGUACUGUAUGUUGAACUUUUAAAAUGUGUGCGUGACUUUCAGGUGAUGUGAGGGUGUUUUAGUUUCCCUCCAGCAAGUUGCUGAAAAUGUGAAACAUUUCUAAACUAGUGGCACUUUGCGUAUGUCUUAUAGUGUCCAGUUCAUGAUGAAAUAAAGUUGCAGUCUAAAGCC